AUGGUAGACGUACUUUAUUCAUUAGUUGGCGUGUUUGUGGUUCACUCUUUAUUAGUCUACACCUUAGUUCCCCUCGCUAAUGUCUACGACAGACCGAUUUUCUCCGUAUACGUAAUAGCGUACUCACAAUAUACCAUCAGUUACGUGAUCCUGAGCUUCUUCAAUUACCGCUGCAGCAAGUACAAUGUGAAACUGCUAUUAAAACUCCAAGCGAUAGAUCUCCGCCUAUACAAUAAGAAGGACACAAAGAGAGUAAGGCUUUUCGUUUGGAUCAUAUGUUGCUGUUUGCUACUAGUCUACGGCUCGUUUAUAACGUUGAAGCUUCUUUAUGACCCUUUGUGGAAUUGGAUAAGGGCAUUGUUUAUACUCACCGCACUCAUCUACGACGUGGAGCUCGCGUACUCUAUAUGCACCGUUCACUAUUUGGUGGGCAAGGCGAGACGGUGGUCGCAGAUUUUGCAGGUAGAUGAGAAGAAUCCGCAAGUGCUUCAAGACGAAAUUGGUGUCGCGCUGGCGGAGAUGAUGUUUAAGGUCUACGAAGAUAUUCUUGAGGCACUGGUGCUGUUGAAAAAAUCCGCGCAGACGACGAUAGAAACAGUAUCGGUCAUAAGUCACGCGUAUGGAGUCUCUGUUUGGGUGUCCAAAGCUGUGGUCACCGAGGCAACAUUCUGCAUUGCCUGCGAAAUACUGUACAGACGAAUUGCUUCCGCUCAAAUGGUUGUCGCCUCGAACAUAAACUUGUAUAAUUGUCGUACG